AUGAUACCAAAUAAAUUAAUAUUGACACUAGGAUUGGUUCAGGUGGUUUGUGGGUUGACCUUGGAUUCAUGUUCGAGUCAAAAUAUAGGAAGUGGGAAGACAUCGUCGCAAUAUAUGUCCAAUGGUAAAUGUAAAGAGACUUGCAUGUCAGACGGAUAUGCAGUGGCUAUUCUACAAGGAUACGACUGUUGGUGCUCUAACUAUCUUCCUGGUGACACCACAUCAAUGUCCAAUUGUAACGAGGAUUGUCCAGGGUAUCCUUCCGAAAAAUGUGCUGGUCUGGGAUACUAUGGUUACCUUGUAGUAGGAGAUCCAAGUGGCACACAAGGGAGCUCGAGUCCAAGUUCUACAUCUGAAAGUAGUAGUUCGACCGAAGAAACUUCGAGCUCGACGUCUAAAACGUCUUCUACAUCAACCUCGAGCACAUCUACCACAACUUCAUCAUCUUCGUCAUCCAGAAGAACAUCUACAAGUACUUCGUCUUCAUCCUCAUCCUCAUCAACCUGGACUGAGCCUACAACAUCCUCAUCUUCAUCAAGCUGGGAUGAACCUACAGCAUCACCCUCAUCUUCAUCAGCCUGGGACGGAGCUACAGAAUCUUCCUCGUCCUCAUUGUCGUCCUCAUUUUCGUCUCCUUCGUCGAGUUGGUUCUCGUCAUCACAACCAGCAUCAUCCGCUCCUCAGACUACAUCAUCAUCAUCGUCAUCAUCGUCAUCAUCAUCAUCAUCAUCAUCGUCAUCAUCAUCGUCAUCAUCAUCGUCAUCAUCAUCAUCGUCAUCGUCAUCGUCGAGUACCGAGAAACAUAAGGCAACGACUGUGUUCUCAGUAAAAACAGUGAAUGGAAGUCCUACAGAGAUUGUUAAAACGCAGUACGUGACAGAUCCCCCAUCCUCUACUGAAGGCUCAGAUUCUGCCUCAUCUUCUGGAUCAUCAAAUGAGGCUGGUGCGGAUGAGAAUAAAUCAAAGGAAAGCAAUUCGUUUUUCGAUUCUACUGGUAAAGUGGCAGGGACAUUUACGGCAGUAGGAGUUGUCGUUUUUGGUAUUUUAUUGGCAAUAGUGUAUUGCUGCUUCAAGAAGUCGCAUGAUUAUGCUGAUGAAGAGAAUCAAUAUUCAUCAGAUGAAUAUUCAUUAAAUAAUGAAAAGCCAAUAACGCCUGCUGUGAUACCUGAUUCUAAGAAUUCGUCUACCGUUUCGUCUAAUUUGAAGCGUGAUAAUUCGAGCAAGUCGAUCUUUUCUUAUUUCACCGCAGCAAAUAACAGCAAUAGUGGUGUAACGAGAAGUUCUUCAAGAAAGAAACUUACAAAACACAGUAGGAAUGAUCUGGUACAAAGUCACGAUCCAAUUUUAGGAGGUCAAUUAAUGUUCCCUAUCACUGAGUUUGAUUCAAGACUAGAUCCUAAUACAAUGUUUAUGAAUAAUAACGAAUCAAAGAAAUCCUUUGGCGAUGAGAAUGAUUAUUCUCGUAAGAUAUUAACUGUGGCAAAUCCAGAAUAG